UAUAUAUUUCAGAUGUGUUAUAAAAUAGGGGUCCCUAUAUCGGCAAUUUGUGCACUGUGCACUUUCCCUAAUCUAAGCAAAUAGCUUUACCACUCGAAGCCCAAAGUUGUGAGAUACUGAACCCGGGUCCAACUGUUGCAGGCGCUCUACUUCGGCGAAGUCACCUACCGGUCAGAGAAGUGACUCGCUCUGUGCCUGAGGAAUGGUAGGAGGAAAUGGAUAUUAACUCCAACUUCAAUCAUUGCCUAUGUUAGGUUAAUUGUCUAUCCUACUGAAAUCCUGACGAUUCUGUUACUGUUUUCGGCUCCCGGUCGUUGACAGUUCUCACUAUGCCUUCCGAUGCUGACUUAUCGGACGAUGAUCGAAAACCUAAGGUUGGUCCUAGUGCUAACUCCAUCGAUCAGUCUUUGGACGCCAUCGAGAAUCAAUUAUCAUCGAUUUCAGUUGGUCAAUCCGAGUACGAAUCCGAAGCGGAUUCUGACGAUGAAAUCAAGGAACCUUCGUCAUCGAAUCAGGAUAAACUGAAGGAGCUCCCGAAUGGACUGUUGAAUAAGAAUUCCGGAACGGAUAAUUCUGAGGAGCUUCCUCCUAUGAAUGUGGUUGAAGAUGUUAGCUCUUUCGUACCCGUGUGGAGGAACAAUUCUGAAGAAAUGGAGGCUCCGGCAAGUCCUAGUAGCAGUGGCUAUGCGGGUGAAAGAGGGAGUAGCAACGCUAGUAGUAGGGACACUGGCAUUGAGGAGGUCGAUGGUGAAAUUCUUGAAAUUGGCAAGGGUGAUUCUUUUGAUGGAGGUUCGAACUCUCAGGUGCAAUGGCUUCCUGGGAAACGCCAUGGCAAUGAGGAUGAUGCUUCUAUUUCCUGGAGAAAAAGAAAGAAACACUUCUUUGUCUUGAGUCACUCGGGAAAGCCAAUAUACUCGAGAUAUGGAGAUGAACACAAGCUUGCUGGAUUCUCUGCCACUUUGCAAGCCAUCAUUUCAUUUGUUGAGAAUGGGGGUGAUAGAGUCAACUUGGUCAGAGCCGGGAAACAUCAGGUUGUGUUUCUUGUAAAAGGACCUAUUUACUUGGUUUGCAUAAGCUGUACAGAAGAGUCAUAUCAGUCAUUGAAGGGACAACUAGAGCUCCUUUAUGGUCAGAUGAUACUUAUUCUUACGAAAUCUCUGAAUAAAUGUUUUGAGAAGAACCCUAAAUUUGACAUGACUCCUUUGCUUGGAGGAACAGACGUCGUCUUCUCUUCACUGAUCCAUUCAUUCAGUUGGAACCCAGCUAACUUUCUCCAUGCUUACACAUGUCUUCCACUUGCUUAUGCAACAAGGCAAGCUGCUAGUGCCAUCUUGCAUGAUGUAGCUGAUUCAGGGGUUCUGUUUGCCUUAUUAAUGUGUAAACACAAGGUUAUCAGUCUUGUUGGUGCACAAAAAGCAUCUCUUCACCCUGAUGAUAUGCUAUUGCUCUCCAACUUUAUUAUGUCUUCUGAAUCAUUUAGGACAUCAGAAUCCUUCUCACCAAUUUGCUUACCAAGAUAUAAUCCCAUGUCAUUUCUACAUGCUUAUGUGCAUUACCUCGAUGUUGACACAUACUUAAUAUUGCUUACUACAAGUUCAGAUGCCUUUCAUCAUCUUAAAGAUUGCAGGAUUCGUAUUGAAAAGGUACUUCUGGAGUCCAAUGUACUUAAUGAAGUUCAAAGAUCCAUGGUAGAUGGUGGCAUGCGUGUUGAGGAUUUACCUGCUGAUCAUGGUUCUCAUUCUGGAGCAGUCUCGCAUCAUCUGGGUCAGCCUGGACAAACUAGAGAAUCAUCCGAGAGAUUUUCUGAAGCAUUCAUAGGUGUUGGUGGUCCUGCUGGACUUUGGCAUUUUAUGUAUCGAAGUAUUUAUCUUGACCAGUAUGUCUCGUCGGAGUUUUCAUCACCAGUAAAUAAUAGACAACAGCAGAAAAGGUUGUAUAGAGCUUACCAGAAGCUUUAUGCAUCCAUGCAUGACAAGGAAAUUGGACCGCACAAAACUCAGUUCAGAAGGGAUGAAAAUUAUGUUCUACUGUGCUGGGUUACUCAGGAUUUCGAACUUUAUGCAGCAUUUGAUCCCCUGGCAGACAAGGCUCUAGCUAUUAAGACUUGCAAUCGAGUAUGUCAAUGGAUCAAGAAUAUAGAGAAUGAGAUUUUCUUGUUAGGAGCCAGUCCUUUUUCAUGGUGAUUCUCUCCAUGUUUCGAAUUCCUUGCAAUAAGCUUAUGUUGCCUCAUUUCUGCAGGCUUCCAAUUUUUGUGGUUAUUUAGGAAAUGCCAAUUGUAGUUUAAAGUUUGGCAGUCAAGAUAUGAAUUGGUCUCACUCUAGCCGUCGUUUUAUUUUCGUUUGUACAAUUUAUGAAAUUUUGUACCUUAAUCUUAAUGCUGUAUCAAAGGUUUAUCAUGUUCUAUAUGUACCCAUCUUUUUUAA